AUGGAGAGCAAACAGCGGGUGUGGGAGUCGCUGCGCAACGAUGCCCGGCAGGCCGACAGCCUAAUUGAGCGACAGAUUGCCGCACUGGAGGCCGUUGCUCACAUCGACGCGGGUCCCAGUGGUCAGGAGUUCGGCAGCAGCGAAAACGGCCUCAGUACUGUGGCACGCUUAGAGGUGGCGCAGCAACAAUUUGACCGUCAGCGCGUCGAGGUGGAGCUGGCACUGCAGCGCUUUGAGACUCUCCUAGACACCAUGGCGGAGACUGCGCGCGCACUGCCACCCGAGUCGGCCGCGCAGACCCACACGGAGCGAUUCCUGCAGCUCGCCGCGGAGAAGCGGCGCACGGUUGCACGCAUAGCGGCAGAUUUUAAACGGCGGCGUGAGUGGGCGGAGCUGCUGCCCAGCGUCACGAACGACCUCGAGACGCACCGUGAGGGGGCUGGCGUGCGCGUGCUCAUGGAGGAGCAGGAUGCCUUACGCCACACACAACGGCGCCUCCACAGCAUUCUCGAACAGGCAGACUCGUCACGCGACAAACUUCGGGCGCAGCGUGACGCGUUCCUCCGCAUGGAAGAUCAUGCCAUGCAGAUUGUGCAGCGUAUUCCUCUCGUCAAGAGUGUGCUUAGCCGCAUCGACAGCAAGCGUCGUAGAGACGCGGUCGUUCUCGGCGGAGUGAUCGGCAUCUGCCUGUUUCUGACGGUCUUCUUCGUUUAA